GCAAGCUCCUUUCUGUAACUCAGCAGUCAUGAGAGUUUCUGUGUGAUGUGUUAUGCGUGACUCUACUGGGUGUUGUGAGAGGAGGUUAGUCAAGCUCAGAACUCCAAACAUGGAUUUAGUCACCUAUGAUGACGUGCAUGUGAACUUCACUCAGGAAGAGUGGGCUUUGCUGGAUGCUUCUCAGAAGAGUCUCUACAAAGGUGUGAUGGUAGAGACCUAUAGGAAUCUCACAGCUAUAGGUUACAGUUGGGAAGAACAUACAAUUGAAGACCAUUUCCAAACUUCUAGAAGUCAUGGAAGGCAUGAAAGACGUUCUUCUGCAGAGCAACACUCUGAGUUUAUUCCAUGUGGUAAAGCCUUUGCAUAUCAGAGUCGUAGUCAAAGGCAUGUAAGAAUACACAAUGGAGAGAAACACUAUGAGUGUAACCAAUGUGGUAAAGACUUUGGAACAAGGAGUGUCCUCCAAAGACUUAAACGAACACAUACAGGAGAAAAACCCUAUGAAUGUAACCACUAUGGUAAAGCCUUUGCAGAAAGCAGUACUCUCCAAAUCCAUAAGCGAAAACAUACAGGAGAGAAACCAUAUGAAUGUAACCACUGUGUUAAAGCCUUUGCAAAAAUGAGUAAACUCCAAAUACAUAAACGAAUACAUACAGGAGAGAAACCCUAUGAAUGUAAGCAAUGUGGUAAAGCCUUUACACAAAGCAGUCAUCUCGGAAUCCAUAAGCGAACACAUACAGGAGAGAAACCCUAUGAAUGUAAACAAUGUGGUAAAGCCUUUACACGAAGCAGUACUCUCCAAACCCAUAAGCAAACACAUACAGGAGAGAAACCCUAUGAAUGUAAACAAUGUGAUAAAGCUUUUGUAAGAAGGGGAGAACUCCAAAUCCAUAAGCGAACACAUACAGGAGAGAAACCCUAUGAAUGUAAGCAAUGUGGUAAAGCCUUUGCACAAAGUGGUACUCUCCAAAUCCAUAAGCGAACACAUACUGGAGAGAAACCCUAUGAAUGUAAGCAAUGUGGUAAAGCCUUUGCACAUAGCAGUACUCUCCAAAUCCAUAAGCGAACACAUACAGGAGAGAAACCGUAUGAAUGUAAACAGUGUGAUAAAGCUUUUGUAAAAAGGGGAGAACUCCAAAUCCAUAAGCAAACACAUACAGGAGAGAAACCCUAUGAAUGUAAACAAUGUGGUAAAGCCUUUGCACAAAGUGGUACUCUCCAAGUACAUGAGCGAACACAUACAGGAGAGAAACCCUUUGAAUGUAACCAAUGUGGUAAAGCCUUUGUACAAUGCAUUGCUCUCCGAAUACAUGAACGAACACAUACAGGAGAGAAACCCUAUGAAUGUAAACAAUGUGGUAAAGCCUUUGCACAUAGCAAUACUCUCCAAAUACAUAAGCGAACACAUACAGGAGAGAAACCCUAUGAAUGUAAACAAUGUGGUAAAGCCUUUGCACAUAGCAGUACUCUCCAAAUACAUAAGCAAACACAUACAGGAGAGAAACCAUAAGAAUGUAAACAAUGUGGUAAAGCUUUUAAAAGAAGUGGUGACCUUCUAAUACAUAAGCGAACACAUACAUGAGAGAAACCCUGUGAAUGUAAGCAACGUGGUAAAGUUUUUAUAAGAAGUGUUGACCUUCAAAUACAUAAGCGAAGACAUACAGGAGAUAAACCCUAUGAAUGUAAACAAUGUGGUAAAGCUUUGCAGAAAGCAGUACUCUCCAGAUAUAUAAGCGAACACGUACAGGAGAGAGACCCUAUGAAUGUAACUAGUGUGGUUAAGCCUUUGCAGGAAGCAGUGGUCUCCAAUGUCAUAAAAGAACACAUACAGGAGAAACACCCCAUGAAUGAAACCAAGGUAAUAAACCCUUUGCAGGAAGCAGUGGUCUUGAAUAUCAUCGAAUACAUACAGCUGAAAAACCCUAUGUAUUUAACCAAUGUGGUAAAGCCUUUGCAGGAAGGAGUGACCUCCAAAGACAAAAGAUCAUACAGAAGAGAAAGUCUACGAAGGCAUCUAAUGUUAUAAAGUCUUUGCAGCAAGCAUUGAUCUCCAUGUAUAUAAAUGAACACAUACCAGAGAGGAACCUUUUAAAUGUAACCAACAUGGUAAAGCUUUUUCAAAAACCAAUAGUCUUUACAUACAUAAAAGAAUAUAUACUUGAGAGAAAUGCUUUGACUUUAACCAAUGUGGUUAAACUUUUUCAGAAAGCAGUCAUCAACAAAAUCAUAAAACAACACGUAUAGGAGAGAGAUUUUUGAAUGUUAGCAAUGUGCUUUUACACCUUUUUUCACAAACAGUGGCCUCAAAAUAUAUAAGGAAACACGUACUGGAGAGAAAACCUAUGAAUAUCAGCAAUGUCCUGAAACCCUUCUACAUCACAAUCAUCUUCAAAUCCAUAAAGAACAUGUAGUGGAGAAAAAUCCUCUGAAUAUCACUAAUUAGGUAAAGCAGUUAUAAAGAGUCAUCUCCUAACACAAAAGUAUACACACUGGAUAGAAACCCUAUGAAUAUAAGCAAUGUGGUAAAUGUUUUAUAAGUCACAGUAUUCUCUAAGUAAAUAAAGGAAGACACACUUGAGAGAAACCCUAUGAAAGUUAUUAAAGGUACAAAGCCUUGUACAUUAAAAUCUUCAAAUACAUAAAAGAAGACAUAGAGGUAAGAAACCCUAUGUCUGCAAGCCAUGUGGUAUUGCCUUCACUUGUCAAUCGUAUUCAAUGACACAAAAGAAAUCAUAAUGUAGACAAAAUCCUGUGAGAGUAGUUAAUAUGGUGAAGCUUUUUGAAUAUUUCUAGAGUCUUCACAAUGAAACAAUCCAUACUGCCAAGAAAUUUAGGAAUAUAAUAUGGUGAAACCUUUUCAGAUUCUCAAAUCUUUAUCAUUAUGAAAGAGAAACCCUAUGAAUGCAUUAAAUAUGGGGAAGCCUUUAAACAUUACUAAUUCUUCAUCAUCAUGAAAAUAAUCAUACAAAGGAUUCAAGAGGAUACAGGGGUGUUUCUUACUGUAUUGCUUGAGUUACAGUCCUGACAUCCUUUGGUGAUCAACAGCAAUUUGGAAAGUGUAAGCUGAAGAAACCCUUUCCUCCCCUCUGCUUCUUGCUCAUCAUGUUUGUGAAGGAAUAGAAACCCUGACUAAGACAAAUUGGUAUGAGGAGUGGGUAUUCCUGUGACAACCUGACCAUGUUUUGGGAGGACUGUGGAAGGAUUUUGGAACUUUGGGCCAAAGGACACAUUCAGUUUUCAGAACUCUGUGGGAUGUUGUGUAGGAGCUUGGAAGAUAAUGUUGAGAACAGUGCAGAAGAUGGAGGCCUGGCUUGUGAAAUUUCAGAGGGAAAAUUAAAGACUCUUUUCAGUGCCAUUGCUAUUUUGGAUUGUGAAGAUUCUGGGUUCUAACUAGCUAGGGCUGAAGAAUCAGCUGUGAUUAACAAGAUACCAGAACUACUAGAGUGAAAACUUGGCAUUAUUGGGACUAUUGAUGCUGGUUAGCUGGAGCUGAGAAAUUAGCAGUAAUUAAGAAGAGACCAGCAUCAUUGGGCUGACAUCUUCUCGGAAGUGUUUGCCGAGAGCACAGAGGCUGUGUUCCAGAGAU